AUGGCGCAUGUUACCUCUCCGAGUAGCGUCAAAGAAGGCACGCAUUUCCCCGUGUCGUCUCAAAAAAAUAGAACUAGUAUAAAGCUUAAUCGAACAAGUCAUGCUGGAGAUAUUCUCAACAAGGAAGAGGUGGAUCCGCUUAAAGAAACUAAGCGCAGCUAUGUUGAUGAUGUUCACGAGCCGUCCCGUAAACUUCAUAAAAGCAAACAUAAACAACCGGUUUCUUCUACCACUACUACGACUCCCGAUAAUAAUAACUCACUAGUCACUCCUUUGGUCUUUAAAUCUGUCAACCCGGGUCAAAAUUAUUCUCAAGUUGAUCCUUUACAAUCCCCUGAAAGGCAUGCUUCCAUUCCUUCAUCUUCGACCAUUUCAAGUAAUUCCGCAUGCUCAACUAGCUGCACUCCACAACUAUCCGAAGAACAAGUUGCAAAAAUUAUAGAAAUGCUGGGCGAAGCAUUGGAGGAAGUUAAAGAAGUGAAAGGGGGAAAGGAGGGAAAAGUAGAAAAGGGAUGGGAAGAUCAAUUAAUGCGUGUUCGGGAAAAAGGAGAUCAAUUAAUUUGCGAUCGGGUAAAAGGAAAAGAGGAUCAAUUAAUGCACUAUUGGGAGUUCAACAAACUUUUGAAUGAAACACCGCUUCCAAAUCCAUCAGCUGUAAAACCGCAACAUAUCAAAAAUCUAUCACAGUUAAAAUCACAACUAUUCGGAUUACAACCGAAUAUUCAUUCUUCACCUGACACAAAUUUUUAUAAACACGUGUUCAACUUCUAUUGUCAAAUGACCGCCUUUUUGACCGUGGCUCAGAUGUUCUUUGAAGUAGUGGUCAAUGAUUUUCUAUUUGAAGUCAAGCAGCCCAAUGGGGACACAUUGACAGACUUCAUGAGAAUUUUUCAAGAUGAAGACAAUUUCCUUAUUUAUCGAUUUAUACCAGCCUCACCAAUCACUUUCAGCGCUACUACGCCCAAUUACGAUGAAUUGGACGCAUUCAUCUGGUACUAUAGAUUGAUAAAAGAUUCUUUGGUUUAUCCGUGUGAUCUUUCUCAAAGGUUACACGCCAUUGCGAUUCGAUUCACAACUCUCGACGCGAUUGAAUCAAUAUUAUCAAUAUUUUAUACCAAGUAUUUUUUAAAUGUAUUUGCAAAAGAACAUCAAAAGGACCACGGCCAGUUCUACACUCCCAGAGAAGUUAUGAAAUUCAUGUGGAAUCGAGUCUUACACUCGAGAGAUAGAGAUCAUCGAAAUCAAUCAUUCUUGGACAAAUUACUUCGUGGACCACCGCAGUCAUUCGAUUCUGCUCCGCAUCCAAGUCGACAUAAACCUGGAUUUUUACCACAUGCUCCUCGCGUGCUUGAUCCUUGUAUGGGAAUAGGUUCGUUUUUAUGUGAAUAUAUCAAUCGACUUACCUUUGCAGCUAAUCAAUUGUCGUCGGUAUGGAAACAUCCGGAAGCACUUUCGCACCUUCUUCAAUCGCUCACUUCGAAUCUUUGGGGUAUAGAAAUAGAUGCUUUUGCGUGUCAUUUGUCAAAAUUGAACAUUUUACUUCAUAUGUUGCCUAUUUACAAGCAAUUUCUUCACUUAUCACCUUUUGGCACGAUUAAAUUGAGAAGGUUAAAUCUUUUUUGUAAUGACACAUUGAAUUUAUAUCUCCCAAAACCAUCUCUUACAUGGGAGUAUGAAAAUUUAUUAUUACUCCGUUCUCCAGAACAACUUAAAUUUGAUUACAUUGUCACUAAUCCUCCAUAUAUGAUAAGAAAGACUGGUUUCAUAUCUGAACCUGAUAGUGAACUUUUUGACGAGAGAGUCUUGGGAAAAGGUGGAAUGCAAGCAUAUGCUUAUUUCUUUUGGUUUUGCGUGGAAAGAUGUAAAGAAGAACAAGGCGAAGUAUGCUUGAUUAGUGCGAGUCAAUGGAUGGGAUUAGAAUUUGCCGAUAAACUAAGAGCUUGGAUGUGGCAAAGAUGCCAUCUCGUGGAAUUUUUUCAAUUCGAGCCAUUUAAAGUUUGGCGUAAAAUUCAAACAGACUCGCUUAUAUUUCGUCUUCGUCGUCGACGAGAAUGUAUUUCAGCGAGUAAUCAAACUGCACCUGCACAACCGUCAUCUUCUGCCAAUUUAGAACCAUAUAUCCUGUUUUUACGUUACAUGAAUCGUAAAGCAACUUUACACGAAACGCUGCAAGCAUAUGCAAAUUUCGAUCCUUAUAUUGAUACUAGUUUUGACAAGGAUAUGGAUUACAAACUGACACCACCUUAUCCAGACACGAUAUUACCUUCUUCCACCAAUUCUUAUUCAUUCACUUUUUUAAUGCCAACUUCCAUAGUGAGCGCUUAUCUUCAUUCUAUAACCGCAAAGCUUCCAUCUCUUUGCGAUCAUUCAAGCUUAAAGUCAACCUGGUCAGUACAGAAUCCAUUAAUUUGGCAUAGAGGACCAAAUACAAACCCAGUCUACGCACUUGUAGUUCGAACAGCGUGGGCAUACUCAAAAUUUGGCGCGGAAGUUUGUGAUAAAUGGCUUCGCCCGGUAUUUUAUUGGAACGGUAAGAAUGGUGGAAAGGAAGCAGAAUUUUGGUCAGAAAUGGGUGACGAGUUACGCCUAGAAAAGAAAGAAAGUUCACCAGCCGAAGCAUACGUUCCGUUAUUGGGAAAUAGCGCCGCUGCGGCUAGCAUAAAGGAUAAACAGGAUUAUGAAAAGUCUAUCUAUUCCUUAAUAAUGGUGGAUCGUGAUGCUGUCGAAAAAGUAAGAAAAGAAGGCGAGGACACGCCGUUUUGGAUCUAUCUAAAAGCAGCGAGAGCACAUUUGCAAGCUGGAAUGAAUUCAAGAGAAAUCGUAUAUUGUGGAACAAGCAAGUGCGGUGUAGAUGUGAAAACCAAAAUCAUCCACCCGAUCAAUUAUGGUUACUUCUCCAAGAAUCAGCCACGUCAACGGUUUUUCAUAGAUGAAAACUACGUAUGUGUGACCAAUCAAUGCAUCUACUUCACCCUUAAGACCACCACGCAAUUACCAUCUUACUUUUUCCUUGGUUUACUUAAUUCAACUACGAUUCAACACUUUUUAUCGCACCACUGUAAAUACGACCAACAAGGGCGCAUGAGACUAUUUCGUGAGAGUAUGGCGAAAAUACCUUAUGCCCCGCCUGAUGAUUCGGACGGAGCAGAGUGGUUCUCUAGAUGCGUAGUUAAAAUGAUUUAUGUGCGUAAAAUGUUAUUUGAGGGAAUUCGAUUAUGUGAUGAUGAAGAUAAAGUCUCAAGCGCCGUAGUAGAAAAAUUAAGGCGUGGUUCAUGGCAAUUAACGGGCCGAGAGUGGCAAGAGAAGGAAAAAGAUGGUGAAGGGGAUGAAACAAGUGUUGUGUUACGUGAAGAACAAGAAGGCAACUGGGUGAUGGUAAAAAAAUGUAGGGGACGAGGCGAUGGCGUGGAAUAUUCUCUCUAUCCCGAAGUAGUACCAAGGCCAAUGGAAUUAGAUGAUCAUUCCGUUUCUUCUACAUCAUUGGGCCGUCAAUCUCACCAUCAUCAUAGUACUAUAACAACUGUCGAUAUUGAUAUGUUGAACGGAGUUCAACAUUCGCGACAUUAUCAGCAUCAAUUACCAGCAAGAGGAAGUAAUAAUAGCAACAGCGGUAACAGGUACAACACAAACAAAACGCGCAUUAUGAAACCAUUCUUUGAGUCUCUCCUCCAUGCUUCCGCAUGUCUUCAAUAUGCGAUCGAUCAAUAUGUAUAUUCGCUAUAUGGGAUCGAUACCGAUUUCCAAAUAGCGUUGGAGGGUGAUUUAAAACUUGAAAUAUUUGAAGUAAUAACGACCACAUAUCCAAGAUGGACUAGCUCGUCAUCAACCUCAGGAACCUCAUCACCAACCUCAACAGAUAGUAAUAUAAUGAUUCAUAAUCAUGCUGGGAAGGUACCAGAAUGGGGUGGAAGUUUAAUCCGAGAAGUUGAGCAAGCGAUCCAUGUAGGAGAGAGUUUGUUAAGACAUAAAGGAGUGAAUAUCUCUACGAGCACGA